CACGAGUACGUCUUUAUAGAGAGCUCGGCGUGUGAAUGCUUAAAAGCUGAUUGCGGCAGCGCGCGAAGCUCCACAAAGCCUCGCGAGACCGCGGGACAGCAGAAAUCCGUCUUGCGAACGGCGGGAUAGCCAUCUUCUGCAAAAAAGCAAAAAGCAGAAGACGGGAGUCUCGCAAACGAGGGUGAUUCUCGUUGCUCCGACACACGCGCAUCCGACGUGGAAACCCCCAGCCACCUGCGCUACAGCAUAAAACGCCCCCAAAAUCGCCUGACGAGCCGCGACGCGCGCCAUGGACCAGCCCGAGCCGAAGAAGCGCCGCCUCGAAGGCAUGUCCGUCGAGGACCGUUUACGAAGGUCCCGCGAACGGAAUCGCGAGCACGCGCGUCGGACCCGGCAGCGCAAGAAGGCCCAGUUGCAAACCCUACAAUCAAGAGUCGCGGAAUUGCAGGAGGAGGGCCGGAGAUUGGAGGAGGCCUUCAAGGACUGCUCCACGGCCAAUAUAUUGUUGGGACUGAACAACCCGGCCAUGGCGCGCACGGUCUCCGAUCUCUUCAAGAGCCGGGAGGACGCGUCGCUCCGCGAGGCCAUGAGCGACAACGUGAGUGAAGGAGACCACGAGGGCUCGCCGCGCGUGCGGCCCGUGUCUCCAUCAAGUUCGAAGUCGUCGUUGGAUGACCCGGACCUAGAAAGGUCCGCGUCCGCGCUCCAACAGAUCGCGACGGACGACGAACCUGUAAAUAAGCCGACGAUCCACUGGAAGUCGGGCUACGCCCUCGACGCGCGCGGCGCGCGCAAGGACUUGAGCCCGGCGGAGCUCGACAAGAUGCGCCGCGAGCGCAACCGCCUCCACGCGAAGAUGACGCGCGACCGAAAAAAGGUAUAUAUUGAGACGCUGACGAGGGCCGUGACGGAUCUCGAAGAUGAAAAUAGGGCCGUGCGGCGCGCGCUGGCGCUGCAGCUCGAUGCGACCGUCGGCGAGCCGGGGCGCUACCUGUCGUACGUCGGGCUCGGCGACGAGACGGUGCCCUGCUGA